AUGUGGAUUUUAAAAGCUUGUCCAGCAGCGUAUCUGGUUUGCAUACAUACAUCAUGUUUCAUAUUUGCUUCUUCGGAUAAAUUUUCGUGUCCUGAAGCUGUUUUUGAAGUUAUAUCCAACGAAGGUACGUACACAGUAUAGAAAUGAAGAUUUUUGUAUUGAGUUUCAAUGUACACGUUAUAUCUGCCAAUCGGGCAAUCGAGUUAUGUAAUUGUACGAAUUCACCUAUUGCAAGAAACACACGUAAAGACGCUCAAGUUGUUGCAGGUGAUCUUUAAAAACAAGUUGUGAGAAAUCUGUUCACAAAUCUGUUGACAAGUUGUGUUCGCACCGCUUGUUACCAGUUGUUGUAACAAGCUUAGAACAUGCUGUUAACAAGUGUUGUAACAAGCUUGAUGGCAUUAUCGGACAUGUGCAUGGCAAGGUUUGAAAGACUUUUGCGAGUUAAGCCCCAUGCAGACAAGUACGUUUUCCAAUAGACAAUACCUAUUCCUUGACAAGUUUACUUUCUCGUGUGUACGGUCAGCAAGUUUUGCUUGGCAACUUGCUUGUCUGUACGGGACUUUAGGAGUUCGGUAUGGCUCUAUUUAACUAAAAAAAAGAGAAAGAACCGCUUGUGAAUAUGUUGAAAAUGUAUUGAAAUAUUAUGAAUUAAGUAUGAUCUGAGAGGGACAUUCUAUUCCUAAUAUAAAUCCCGCUCCUUAAGCCCAGAACUUUCGUCCAUGCUUUAGAUAAAUUCCAUAUCCCAUCCCAGUUAUUUAAAAAAAAAUGUAUCACUGAACAAAUAUUUAAAGUUUGUGAGUUCAUAGUCUCCUAUGCAGACCUACUGAGCGGAUUUGGGCUCGCCACGUACGGUCUGCUUACUUUCGCUAGCAAUUCGCCUUCCCAUUGUAUUCCAUUAGCCAAUAGCAUUCAAAUGCACAAGACACGCCCACUUUGAAUGUCAACUGUAAACUUGUAAACAAGGAGCGUGCGAUAAUCGAAUAAUAAUUCGGUAUAUACGUAUUUAAAUGGCCAUAAAUGUGAACAGAUCGAGUUUUCUGAUCAUUAGCAGUCGAAGUAGAAAAUAUUGAAUAUUUUUCCAACGAAUGUACGCGAUAGGUCGAAGGCUUAAAUGUAUAUAAAACUAUUCACUGGUAAUACUUGUUUUGAACUUGACGCGACUGCGUGACGGCAUGUAUAUUCAAUAUGUUCCGAACGUUCAAUAUAGAUUACGAUUUUAUUAAACUUUAUAAACUGGCUAGUCAUAUACAAACUUAGAAACCGAAAUAUGCAAUGAAUCAAUUCAGUAUUUUAUAUAGGCUGAAUUCUGUAAUCUUCAAUUAGUAUUUAUAAAUCUAUUAUCUACACCCGCAGUAAUGUACACUGCAACUUUAUAACUCUGUCUUGACGUCUUUGUCCAGUAUGUUACCCGUGUUACAGUAACACCUGCAAACGCUUGUAUUAAAGUAAUCAAAACAUCGCGAAAUAUUUUAAGUGAUAUUGUUCGAUUUUUAUACUACACUGUCUGUUCAAAACAAUAGCUCGACAAAUUCUAACAGAUUUUACAAUUGUUCCAUAUUGUAAAUUUGUAGACUGGUACAUGUAUAACAAAUAUAUCUCUCAGCUCUCGCAGAUAAUCGGUUUAAGAUAUGAAUAUUGAAUAGGUACAAAUGAAGAUAUAAAAUGCUCUGGUUCAAGAUUAAAUGUUUUGAAGCUUUUGACGACCCAAGCCUCAAGGUCAAAGGUCAAGCCCCAAGCCUUUGAGGAAAGGAAGUUUUGGCCAAAGUAAGCAUACCUUACGUGAGGGCUCAGCCCGCUAAGUAGGUAUGCGUAGGAGACUAGUGAAAUAUAAAUUCGUCUUAAAAAAGUAAUUAGUAAAUCAUCAAGAAUAGGCAAAGGAAAUCCCUACCAUGUCGGUGGUUUGUAUCUGAUAAAAAAUCAAUGUAAACUUUAGCUUUGAUUUUUUCGGCUUAGACAACGUUGAUUUUUAAUAUUACUUCGCCAAUAAACUCAAAAUGAAAGCCAUCUAAAACACUCGCGGUCCUUGCUUUAUCAGAUAUAAAACUCUCGGCUAUCGCCUCGAGUUUUAUAUCUGAUAAAGCAGUCCUGCUCGUGUUUAUUAAAAAUAGUAAAUGUUUUCGCUCGCUACUCUGGUUUUAAUAAGUGAGUGAAUGAAUGCAAAGUCCAGUCGAGUUGCAUUCACCACCCAACGCUUCGACGCUCAUAUCAAGGUGAUUUGAAGAAGUUGCAACCUAGCUUCCUAUAUACCUAUGGGAUCACGUCAUCUGCCAACAAGAUAUCCAUAUUCUUGUAGAAAAUAAGCACCGUCAUCGCUAUUCAAAGCUUGAUUACUCAUAUCUAUAUGUCACGCUUCUAGGCAACCAAAGGGCCACUAAAGGCUUUGUCCAGAAGUCAUGCCCAAAGACGUUGCCUAGAAGCGUGGUAUAUGAAUAUGAGUAAUCAUACUUUGAAUAGGGAUGACGGUGUUAUAUUUGCCAGAAACAUAUAUUCAACUUGCUGGAAGAUGACGUCGUCCCCAGGGUAUAUAUAUAUAUAUAAUAAGAAGCCACGCGUUGUACCGGAGAUCACCCUUGAUGAGGACACUAGACUGGAGUUUCGACAUGUUUAGUCGCGAAUGCAAUUUGACUUUGCAUUCAUUUAUUUAAACCACAGUAACGAGCGACAAGGAAUUUUUUUUCUUCGCUCAAAACAUCGAAGUUCCCCAAAACUUUUCCUGAUCUAACUUCUUAUACAUUUGUAAAAGCUCUUUUGUUUCUACUCAAUUAUAAGCAAGGGGUUUAAAAUUCUUUAGAAAGCUAGGCUAUACUGCAUGUAUUUUUUCGAAAGCAGGCUACCCACUGGAAGAAGAUGUCAUAUCCAAUUACAUUGUAACUUCGUGCAUUGAAUGUGGACACAAAUGCCUUGAAUGUGCAGAUUGUGUAACAUUUAGCCACCUUGCUGAACGGAGCCAUGAUAUCAACUGUAAGGUCAACGGACACACCAGUGAAUUAAUGGUUAAAGGUGGACAUGGUGACGAUGAAACGUGGACAUCCUAUAAGACAAUAGAACCGGUUAGUCACAUAUGAUUGAGCUCGGAGUAUAUUUGAUUUUUAUAUGUUAUAAGAUACAAAUCUUGUUCUUGCAAUGUGUGCUGACUUCCAAUUUUAAUUUUUUUUAUAUUUCUAAGGAAAUCUGUUUAACUCAUCGUCCAUGUCAGAACGCUGGUCGCUGCGUCAAGAACUCCUGUGAACCUGAGGGUUAUUCUUGCAUAUGUCCACAGUGGUAUUAUGGAAAAUACUGCCAAAAUGAAAACAGUAAGUUAGUUUUGGAAGCAACAGGCCUUGCAGCUCAGUUUGUUAGGGGCCGAUUACAUGGAGCAUUUUCAACCCCGGGGUUGAACUCAGCCCUGUUUACCGGGUUGAAAUUUCAGCCCUGUUUGUAAUACAAAACUCUAUCAAAAUCAAACGCGCGAUUGCAUGACAAAAUUUUCAACCCCAGGGCUGACUUCAACCCCGGGGUUGAAAUUUCAACCCUGCUUCAACUCCGGGGUUGAACUCAGCCCUGGGUUGAAAAUUUUGUCAUGUAAUUGUUUCAACCCAGGGCUGGAAUUAUCAUGAGUUAUUCGAGUAUACGUAGUAUAGUGAUUAUUUGUUACAGGAAAACAAAAUAAAGGCUUUUUUACUCCCGGAAAUCGAUGCCGAGAACGUAUAGUAUAGCGUUUCAACCCCGGGGUUGAAAUCGUCCAUGCAUGUAAUCGCAAAAGAUUCUCCAUGUAUUCGUCCCAUUAGUUAACAUGCACCGAAGCACGUAAACGAACGUAAAGCCUCAUUAAUACUGAACGAAACAAUCGUCAAAACUACAGUUCCUUAUUGGCUGAUAGAACUCAAUCCGUUCUCAUUUAAGAGCUUGCUAUUAUACGGUUGACUCAACCGUAUAAUAGCAAGCUCUUAUUGGAUAAACGUUUGGCAUAAUUUAUUCGCACGAAAGUUGGCAGUGUGUUGGUGAUUUACAUACGAUUGCUUACGUACGGAACCUAAAUGCGAAAUUUGCAUGCAAGAGAUGUUAUAACUCGAGACGUCUCGCUCAUUCCCUGAAAAACUGGCACGCUUGAUGCAUGUCAUUCUUUACCUAGUAAACUAAAACUCAGAAUAUCCACAGAAUGUUAACUGAUAUAAUUUUGGAAGUCAACCUGGCCACUGUUUGUACACGAAAAUUUAGUUCAUUUCAAUGGAAUUUGAUGACUCGACAGUCUCGUGCCAUAUCAUAUGCUGUACUGUAUAUGUGUUUGCAUGAAAGUAAACACAAUUCCCAAAGGGCAAAAUUGCAACAGAUGUCUAUACUAUAGACAUUGUCAUUGCGCUACUAAAUACAGAUUACAGUAUGUUUCGUAAAUAUCUCGAUUCCCAAAGCCAAAGGCAAACAUAUUUGUGAAGAGUUUAAAUUCGUUCAUCAAUUAAUCAAUCAUGACAUUACGAGAUUUCUAAGCGAGGACAUGUACAUAUCAACGAUAUUUCAGCAUUGAAGCAUGCGUAUAAACACGGCGAGCCAGAGUAAAACUUAAAAUCGAUAGAAGAAAAUGGAUCGCAAGAAAAUUUUUAUGGCCAGUCUGUUUUUGGGAUUUGAACUUGAAGGCUGAACGACUAAUUAAUGUUGCUUUCUCUUGUGACUCUUACGGUGUCUCUGGAGAAGUUUUAAGAUUCAAACAUUUUCUGUGCAAAUAGUUGGACAUAUGUCUGCACGAGAAUGAAAACUUUGUAUAUGCACACAUAUUUUCGAACGAUGCGAUAGCACGUUGGGCAAUCUCUAGACUCUAUAUAGUGAUCUACACGACUACACAUGUCGACAUAUAGCUUCAAAUCGAAUUUGUGAUUAACUGACAACAUGAUAAAGUCUUUAGAAUUCGCACAUUUUACAAACAGUAUGCAUAUCUAUGGUUCAUUUACACAUAUUACAUGUGAAUUCAAUUACAUCAGAAUCAAUUUCUUACGUUUGCAAAUUAACAUAACUGAAUAUACGUUCGUUUACGUGCUUCGGUGAAUGUUAGAGAGUUUGAGCAAGAGAACGAAGUCGGACGACGACGACGUGGUUGACAAUUUUUUCCUGCCUUGAACAUUAUCUUGCGUAUUCUAAGAUUAGGGUCAGGAGUGAAGACAGAUUAGAGAUUCACGCGUCUAGCUGUUUAUCAAUGUUGACCCAAAUCCUUACCCUGAUCAGGAUAAGACAGCGAGACAUGAAUCCAUAUCCCGUCUUCGUUUUUCUUCCUUCGUUCACAACGAAUAUUUUGGCAAAAUUCGUUGUUAACUUCGUUCCGAACGAAGGCACAAGAACAAAGACGGGAUAUAUAGGUUCAUGUCUCGCUGUUUAUUCUGGAUCAGGGCAAGAAUUAUUAUGGUCAGUAUUCAUAAACAACGACACAUAGGACACGUUGAGCAAACACCAGUGACGUCCAACACAGUAUGCACAAGAGAAUGUGCAGACGACAAAAAUUGUCAAGUAUGCCUUCGUCUUCGUACUUCGUUAUCUUGCUCAAACUCUCUGUUAACUAUUAGAACGCUGCAUGCUUGGAAUCGCUGGGCCGCAAGUUCGAUUCCUGCCAGAGGACAAAUAGUUGCAUUUUUCACAUGUGCUCAUGUUCUAACGUUGAUCCUAACGUUGUCACAACGUUCCUGCGAGUUCACAAAAUAACGUUACUACAACCCCAGCGGCCAAAAUGACGUUUAUCCAACGUUGAAUCAACGUUGGAAAUGACCUUCCAGACGUUGGAUAGACGUCGAAAAAGGGUUGACUAUGCAAAUUGGAUCGACGUUACGGUUUCGACGUUGAAACAACGUCGAAAUUAGGUUGCCAAUCUCGUCAACCAUAAUUCAACGUUGAAUCAACGUUGAAACAGCGUUGAGAUUGGUUCACAAAUCGACGUCGUACAUUUAACCAUGAAUGAACGUUGAUUCAACGUCUGUUGGCUGCUGUUGAACCAAUGUUUGUAAAACAACGUCAGAGCAACGUAGAUAUUAGGUUGUCGACGUCGCAACCUUUUUUCUACCAAAUUUCAACGUUGAAACAACGUCGUGUGCCCGGUGGGACGUUAAUUUUCAACGUUUUCUGGACGUUAAUCAAACGUUGCAAGAACGUUGAACCAACGUCGUGUUCUAACGUUAAUCAAACGUUGUAAGAACGUUGAACCAACGUCGUGUUCUAACGUUAAUCCUGACGUUGUCACCACGUUCCUGCGAGUUCACAAAAUAACGUUACUACAACCUAUAAUACCAACGUUAUCUCCACGUUCGGCGAACGUUCGUACAACGUUGGCACAACGUAAUUGUGCUAGCUGGGUUAGGUCUAUAUAAAUCGUACAUAAUUUUCCACUCGAAAUUUUCAUUUACAAAAACCCUUCAACUAUUAUAGUUCUAUCGAACAAGAUGCCAAAAAAAUUUCGAUAUUCAACUUGUAUUUCAAGGGAAAUCUGAGUCGAUAUAGUUGAAGAUGAUUUUUAGGCGUUAAUUGUUUAUUUUAUGCCGUAAAAUCAAGACGAUACGGUACUGGUUUCGUUUUGUUUCAUCCACAAACAUAUACAAAUUUAUUAUUAUGAUUUGCCAAAGGCGUUCAAUUCAACUCUUCACCAAAAAGUAAGGUUUUACACACAGAUUAUAUGACGAUAUGGUGAAGUUUUUAUUAAAUUCCAUGUUUCUCCGCCAUGACAGUAUACAAGAACUGCCACGUGCUCCCCAGGACGCACCCUUCCAAACAGUCUUUCGCGCGUGGCCUGCCUGAAUACUUUAUGCAUAUAUUAUAAUUAUUUAAAUGCCUGGGUAUACGAUUUCUAUAGAAUAAUUCAUGAAAAAGACAAACAAAAUCACUGCCGUAUCGGUGGUUUUAUAUGUAAUAAAAAAUUAAUAUGUUCAUAUAAAUAUCAUAUUCAUAUUAAUGCAGAAAAAUGUCGAGCUGCAGAAAGUUAACAUCCUGCAAAAGUUUCAGACGUCACUCUCGUUCUUGUUCACAACGGCAAAAUACAGAUUAUCACGUCUGACAUACGACAGUGCUUAAUACAUUACAAGCUGGAACGACUGCUACUUUCAAUUGGGACCUCGAACUUUUUUCAAUCAUAAACACUUCAAUCGUUAACUUCAAUCGUAAUUAAACUGCAGUAUUUUUAUUCCGUCCUACACGCAUAAGGUCGCUAUUUUCAUGCAGAAUGUGUUUGAAUUUCCUUUGGCGUUUCUUUGAUAAAAUAUAAUGAAGGUGUUUUACUUCCAGGUAAUUUCGACGUUGUAUUUACAUCUCAAAGCCCUGUAUUGUCCUACAUCGAGACGGACAACAUCAAAUCAGAAUUAAGUCAAUUUACUUUCACGGCUUGGUUUAAGAUUUCGAUAGGGUUCCAAUGGUAUCAACUGCUUUCUUUUAUGGUGAAUAACAUGCCUGGUAAUAUCAACUUGCGGUUUGAAACGGGAAGUACAAAGAGCUACGCGAUUGGUUAUUUUGUCGGGGAAAUUGAAGCUAAAAGGUAAGAAACUAGUCAGGCAGAUUGUAUUGGUGACAGGUCAUUAUUUAUAAGGCACCGAAGAGAAAUGUAUUCCUUGGUAACAUUUUUAUUGAUCCAGCGAUUACACAAUCAAAAAAAUUCUACCUAAACUCAAAUAUAAAUUAAAAAAUAAAUACCCACCACUGGCAAAAAAAACUUUACAAAAGAAUACUGUUCAGUAGUCACCCAUGUCCUGUGCCCCUUACAUGACAUGAGUUUGAUAACUGAUUGCGCAAUUUUUUGCAGACUGAAGUUCCAUGCUGUCUGCCCAAGUACUUUCGCUGGAAACAUAAUUUGUUUGGCCUCCUGACAAAUCGGAAAAUGAUUAAGAUAGCUAAUCUGCUUGAUUUACAUAUUGUAUUGACAUAUGACUGUCACUUUUUCGUCAUGCUUUGGAAAUGACAAUACAUUUUUUAUUACCUAACUCUUGAGUUGUUUUGUUUUUCAUUUGCCCAACAUUUUAUUCAUUGAAAGUUGUCCAACCUUUUUCUGUUUGAUGCUACCCCCCCUCCUCCCAUCCCCACAAGAAAUAACGACCUGUCCCUUGGGUAGUUGUGUUUUGGCGUGGUACGGCGCAAUGCAGGGUGGUGUGGGUGUGCAGUAUAGUACAGUAUAUAUAAUUAUGUUAUUGACUGAGCGAGACACCUGCACUGUAAUUUAUAGAUAAGAGUUGAGAAGCGAGAGUUUGCAUGAGAGUUUUCUCAACUUUCGUGUCCGGUCAAACGAAAACAAGAGUUGCGUGAGAGUUGAUGAGAGGUAACUGGAUAUUACUGCGUGAUAGCGAAAGCACUUAUCAACUCUUAUUAAAUUUUGAACUAAUUCCGAGUCAGUGACGACACUGAGAGUUGAUGCCGAGAGUCCAUCAGAGUCGAUGAGAGUUUGGCGAUCAAACGCGAGCGAAAGUUGCGACUCUCAUCAACUCUUGCCGCCAUUUGACCGAAGCUUUAUGCAAACGAAAUUAUUAUUGUCUUAUUUUUAGAGUGAGGACUAAUAUAAUUCCUGUUAAUGAUGACGUUUGGCAUCAUCUUGGCUUUGCUUGGAGUAACACAAAAGGCCGAUGGGAAGUCUUAGUAGAUGGAACAUCUCGAGCGAUUCGAAGCAAAAUAAAAACUGGUGUUAUUAUCCCGGCUGGUGGAAGACUGGUUAUAGGGCAGGAGUACACAGGUACUGGAUUCGUGGCUGACAGAGGAUUUCACGGUCAACUCAGUGGUGUGAACUUUUGGGACAGAGCAUUAGCUGGUGAAGAGCUCGAGGCUCUUGCUAAAACUUCUGACAGUGGUAUGCAAGGAAAUAUACUGCGUUGGUUCCAAGUUCUUAAGAAUAUUUAUGGACCUGUGGAAAAAGUUACGCCUUCAAAGGUCAUAAAUACAAGUAAGUAUCAAUCAACCUGUGGUAGUCGAACUAUAUAGUUACCGUAAACCUCCGAAUGCAUGCAAGCCCCCCGAAUAUAAGCCCCCCGUGUAUAAGUCCACCUCAUGUACUAACGCUCACCUCAUUCUAAAUAUAAGCCCCUCCCCGAAUAUAAGCCUCCCGAAUAUAUUAAGCCCACUUGUUUAUCACUAUUGUUUAUCACUAUUACCACUAUUAGUCACAAUAAAUUGUUAAGUCACUAUUACUAUCACUUAUUACUAUGCUUGUUUAACAAGUCUUGUUUAUCACUAUUACACCAACACAAAAGAUGGUCCAUGUAUAAGCCCCCCCCGUAUAUAAGCCCCCCUUGUAUAAACCCAUCAAAAAUUGCUGACGAACGAAUAUAAGCCAUUGAUAUAAGCCCAGGUUUAUAGUCGGAGGUUACGGUAUGUUUACACUAAUCUGAAAACUAGCACUGGAUAGUGCAUCUGCAAUGCAUAUAUAUGAAGCCAAUGGCGGCAGUAUUGGUGUGAGCAGAGCAAAUCUACUGUGGUGCUGGUGACAUAAUGGUAAAAGUUCUUACAGUUUCUGGUUAUUGGUAGAAAAGAAUAAACAUUGUUUGAAUAAAAUUUUAUCAAUAGUGACUUCUCUUCCCCUAUACAUGUACAUCUACCAUGAAUAACUAAUGAGGUCACAGCAAAAUGGCUGCCACAGAUCUUAUUACCUACUAGUCUUUAAAACGUUCUAAUAGUCUUAGAAGAUGGACUGAAGCUAUCUUUCGAGUACAUAUAUAGGAAAAGUUAGACAUUUGCUUGAUAAUAUAGCUAAUUUGAAAACUUCGCGAUCCAAUUUGCUGAGAGACUGUAUUUUUAACAGACUUUAAAAUCUCAUCUCAUUAUAAAUAUUGUGGCUUCAGAAUUGCCUUCAAGAAGAUACGCUACCCAGUCCUUCUCAGAUCAGUGGUCUCCAUCAACAAGUUAAGUCAAGUAUUCAUUAUUUGCACAUACACUUAUUCAUUUAGUAUAAGACAAACUUUCGCAGAUUUUUUAUCAAAUUUUGAUCCAUAUUGUACCAGAAUUUUGUCGAUAUAAUAAUUUUUGUGUAUGCACCCUGUAGUAUUAAGAUGACUUCUCAUCUAUUUAGCUUCAAAAAGCUCGCUCUAUUCAACCGAAUUUUAUAUUUCAUCUAUACAGAUAAAGAGUUAAACUUCGAACUGCAAUUUGGCUCUUCAAACACAGGUCAACCAGGUUACAUAUUAUCACCAGGUCCUGAACAGCCGAUGCGACAGUUAUCUGUUUGUCUAUGGAUAAAAAUUUCUGUUGCAAGUCGCUUUGUUUUAUACGAUGUUGAAAAUGAAGACGGUCCUGCAGUCUCUUUUGGAAUUGACUCAAAUUACUAUUUGUUUACAUAUAUGAAUGGAAGCCUCGUUAACAGGUAUAUAUGUGUAUGUAGUUUGCAGUUUUUUUGCCCAAAAGGUUGCCACAACAGCCAAAAUACUAAUGUUGAUAGAUACUGUUUUGACACUUUAAUAGAACUGCAUAAUGCAUGCUAAUUAUUCGAUAUUUAAUUAUGUUAAUUUUGGUCAUGUGUUAUUUGUUUUAAUCAUACGAUCGAAAAUCGAAGGACAAAAGGGAACAGCAACUAUUUUGACAGCCAAAUGUCAUGUAUUUAGAACAUUGUCCGUGUCUUUGUGUUGCGAAGAGUUCACAACAGUUAAAAUAGUUUGAUUAAUAGAGUGAAAUGAGAAGUUAUUUUGGGCGAAAUAUGCCAGAUCAAUAGAGAAGUUCGGCGAAGAAAAGUUUGACGACGAGGUAAAAAGCUUGGAAUUUGUGCUAGAAGUUUCGCCCGGAAAUACAUCGUCUUGAAGAGGCUUUUGGCGAAGUCAAGAAAUACAUGAUCGAAUUACCGACAUAAUGGCUGAAGCUGACAUUGUCAUUGAGAAAGCCGAUUCUGCAAACCAUGAUAUUUUUAUUACGGAAAUCAUUGCAGAAUAGGGCGAUUUACUCUCAAAGUUAGAGCAAUGUCGACGAAAAUGUGAAGUAGAUCAAACAUCAAAGGGACUGCCGACUGAAAUGGAACCCAAACAACAGAGGUCUAAUCUGGAGAGAAUCAAGGUACCACAAUUUUCUGGAAACAUUAAAAAUUAUCGAACAUGGAAAAAAAUUUUCGAGGACACUAUGAAGAGGAAUUAUGAAAGUGAAGGAAGUCAACUUGCAAGAAUGAUUGAAGCUAUCCAAGCCACCCUGAGAUAUGAAAUUAAAUGUUUUACUGCAACUAAAGCGAUACGGGAAUUUCUCGACAAGUUAUUUGGAGACAACAAAGAGUUGAUUAAAAUUUUGAUGAAUGAUAUCAAAACAAUGAAACCCUUGAAGGUCAAAGAUGCAAAGUCGAUUCAGAAUUUGGUCGCAACAGUUCGUGGGUUUAUUCUCAGAAUGAAGGAUGUUGGAGCAUCUGACGAAGCCAAAAGUAGAUAUGUGUUUGCUGAUAUUCUGGCGAAAUUUACGGUAGAAGAUCAAAGAGCUUAUGCACGGAGUAUGAUUGAUACAAAGAAGAUUGAAAGCCUGCAUACCUUGUUGGAAUACCUAGAAGAAGAGGCAAAAAUAAUGGAAUAUAGUCAAUCGGAUCAACGCUCUUCAAAAAUUGGGAUUUAUCCUGUUAAUGUGGACGGUGGUUACAAUAAUGCCCCUGGUUGUGGUUUGGGUUGUUCUCAACAACAUGGUUUAGGUUAUUGUCCAGGGGCCGGUUGUAUCAAAGGCGUUUAGCUUAAACGGUGGAUAAGUCAAAAUUAUCAAUCAAAUCUAUGAACUAUAGACUACAAGCAAACAUAACUUUUCUGUCUAAACAUAACAACUAUGAAUAAAACUUCACAUUUUGUUGAUAAAAUUUAAGUUUAGUUAUUUACACGAUGAAUAGGAAUGUUUUUAAAUGUUUGCUUAUCCACCGUUUAAGCUAAACGCCUUUGAUACAACCGGCCCCAGCAUUUAAGAAGAUGAAAGUGAAGGAAAAGUGGUGAUUCAGUCCAAGAGAUUUAAAAAUGUCUGCGAACUGGACACUGACACCAACAGUGUUCGUGAAAAGCAUGUGAUAUCAACAGUUGUGGAAGACCAUAUCAUUACCUAUUGCAUAAAGAUCCAAAACAAGUGGACAAUGACAAUCUGAACCCUGAUGCACAACCAUUCAAACUAGAUCAGGACGGAGCUACACUGCUACAGGCACAGGAAAGUCCUCAGGAUGGUGUUAUUUCAACUGGUAAUGCAGGAACUGCAAAUGUACCAACUCAAAAGGUCAAAGUGCACAGUGCCAAUGGGAACUCUAUUGAGGGACUUGCCAUGGUUGAUAGUGGUUCUAAUAAGAUUUCAUUCGGAAAGAGUUUGCGGACAACCUCGGUUUGGUCGGAGAAACAAAAAGAUGAAGAUGUAUGUUGCAAGCGGUGGAAUUAG